CCGAGCGGAGUCCUGGCUCGUCCACACUCACACACACACACACACACAUACACACACGGUGCACCCAGCCUGGGCAUGAGGCUGAGACGAUGCCUCUGUUGAGGUGACCACCACAGGACUAUGGCAGAUUAAUAAAAUCAGCUCCUAAUUAGCGCCUCCAUUUGAUAAAACAUGGCUCCUGUUUCCAAGCGGGUGAGGAGGAGGUGAGAGCGGCGGCGGUGGAGGCUCAAGAUAGAAGCGCUUUUCUUGGAGGUGUAGGGAGGAAGGGAGGGGGGGCGCUCUCUUGUCUCGUAAGAGGAUAAAGAGAAAAGGGAAAUCGAGCUAUUUUUAAGCGGACUGUUCGGGCCGGACCCCGGUGACACCAUGACCAGCGGGCCGGAUGAGAGCACGGUGCGCGUCGCCCUGAGGAUUCGUCCUCAGCUGGCCAAAGAAAAGAUUGAGGGGUGUCACAUCUGUACGUAUGUGAUGCCCGGGGAGCCCCAGGUGGUCCUGGGUAAGGACAAGGCCUUCACCUAUGACUACGUGUUCGACAUGGACACCCAGCAGGACAGCAUCUACACCCACUGCACAGAGAGACUCAUCGAGGGCUGCCUUGAGGGCUACAACGCCACCAUCUUCGCUUAUGGACAGACAGGUUCGGGGAAGACCUACACCAUGGGAACCGGCUUCGACGUCAACAUCGGAGAGGAUGGGCUGGGUAUCAUUCCCCGGGCCGUCAACCACCUGUUCAAAGGGAUCGAGGAGCGCAGACAGGCCGCCACCGAGCAGGGCAGGCCAGUCCCUGAGUUCAAGAUCAAUGCACAGUUCCUGGAGCUGUACAACGAGGAGGUGCUGGAUCUGUUCGACUCGACGCGCGACAUCGAGGCCAGGAAGCAGAAGUCCAAUAUCAAAAUCCACGAGGACGCCAAUGGAGGCAUCUACACUGUUGGGGUCACCACCCGCACCGUCACCUCUGCAGCCGAGAUGAUGCAGUGUCUAAAGCUGGGCGCUCUGUCUCGCACCACCGCCAGCACCCAGAUGAACGUCCAGAGUUCGCGCUCCCACGCCAUCUUCACCAUCCACCUGUGCCAAGUUCGAGUCUGCUCUCCCGAUAACAACGAUAAUGUAACAGACAACCGUUUAGCCAGCGACUCGGAGAUUAAUGAGUUUGAGACGCUGACGGCCAAGUUUCAUUUCGUUGACCUGGCUGGUUCAGAGAGGCUGAAGAGAACUGGAGCGACAGGAGACAGAGCGAAAGAGGGCAUCUCCAUCAACUGUGGGCUGCUUGCUCUGGGGAACGUCAUCAGUGCGCUGGGCGACAGGAGUAAACGCUCCACUCAUGUGCCUUACAGAGACUCCAAACUGACACGGCUGUUACAGGACUCACUAGGUGGCAACAGUCAAACUGUGAUGAUCGCCUGUAUCAGCCCGUCAGACCGGGACUUCAUGGAGACUUUGAACACUCUGAAGUACGCCAACCGAGCCCGAAACAUCAAGAACAAGGUGAUGGUGAACCAAGACAGAGCCAGUCAGCAGAUCAGCGCUCUGAGGACUGAAAUGGCUCGACUGCAGAUGGAGCUGAUGGAGUACAAGACAGGGAAGCGAAUGGUGGGUGAAGAUGGGAUGGAGGGCAUCAACGACCUGGUCCAUGAGAACUCAAUGCUGCAGACAGAAAACAACCACCUGAGGGUGAGGGUGAAGGCCAUGCAGGAGACCAUUGACGCUCAGAGAGCCAGACUUACACAGAUCCUCAGUGACCAGGCCAACCAGGCUCUGGCUAAAGCAGGUGAAGGUAAUGAGGAAAUUGGAAACAUGAUUCAGAACUAUAUCAAAGAAAUCGAGGAGCUCAGAGCUAAACUUCUUGAAAGUGAGGCUGUGAGUGAGAACCUGAGGAAGAACCUGUCUCGAGCCUCCACUCGCUCCUCGCUGUACGGAGGCCCCGGCUCCUUCGCCCCCGCCCUGCACGCCCCCGAGGAGGCCGCCAGCGACGUCAUCAUGAUGGCCAAGAAGGACUUGGAGAAGCUCAAGAAGAAGGAGAAGAAGAAGAAAAAAAGGCUGAGGCGAUACGAAGAGAUUCGCCACCAAGAGGUUGAACAAGCCAGCGUUAUCAAAGAGGAAGUCCCAGACAAUGACCAGGAGCGAGGCAAUGAGGAGGCAGAGGUGGAGGGCAGCGAUCACGAAGAAGGGGAGGAUGCAGAUGGAGACGAGGAAGACUUUGACAUAGCGGGAGAAGAGACGUCCGAUGAAUCGGACUCUGAAGAACUGGAGGAGAAAGAAAACGUCCAGGCUGACCUGGCCAACAUCACUUGUGAGAUCGCCAUCAAACAAAAGCUGAUAGACGAGCUGGAGAACAGCCAGCGGCGUCUGCACACGCUCAAACAGCAGUACGAACAGAAGCUGAUGAUGCUGCAGAACAAGAUCAGAGACACACAGCUGGAGAGGGACAAGGUGCUGCACAAUAUGGGUUCAGUGGAGUCGGGCACCGAGGAGAAGGCCAAGAAGAUCAAAGUUGAGUAUGAGAGGAAGCUGAGCUCCAUGAACAAAGAGCUGCAGAAGCUCCAGUCAGCUCAGAAGGAGCACGCUCGCCUGCUGAAGAACCAGUCGCAGUAUGAGAAACAGCUCAGGAAACUCCAGCAGGAUGUGACCGAGAUGAAGAAGACCAAGGUGUCGCUGAUGCGUCAGAUGAAGGAGCAGCAGGAGCGGAACAGAGCCACAGAGUGCAGGAGAAACAGGGAGAUCGCCACUCUGAAGAAAGACCAGCGCAGAGCCGAGCACCAGGUGAGGCAGCUUGAGGCCCAGAAGCGACAACAGGAGUUGGUUCUACGCAGAAAGAACGAAGAGGUGACAGCUCUCAGGCGGCAGGUGAGGCCCGUGUCCGGGAAGACGAGCAGGAAGGUGAGCUUACCUGAACCUCUCCAUGAGCCGUCACAUCGAGCCACACCAGUAAGGCUGCACACGUCUGGAGCAUCCCAAUCCAAUGGAGCCAGGAGGUCUCCAGUGCGGAUGGGAAGCAUCUACCUCAGCAGGACAGCCAGGGCCAAAUGGCAGUCGCUGGAGAGACGUGUCAGUGACAUCAUCAUGCAGAGGAUGACCAUCUCUAACAUGGAGACGGAUAUGAACCGACUGCUGAAGCAACGUGAGGAACUGACCAGGCGCAGGGAGCGAGUGUCCAGAAAGAGAGAGAAGAUGGCGGUGGAAGGUGCAGACGCUGACCGCUCCCUGGCUUCCCUGAAUGAAGAGCUGGAGUCUCUGAGCGCCAACAUCGACUACAUCAAUGACAGCAUUGCAGACUGCCAGGCCAACAUUAUGCAGAUGGAGGAAGCCAAGGAAGAAGGAGACACAGUGGAUGUUACUGCAGUGGUCAGCUCCUGCAACCUAUCAGAGGCCCGCUUCCUCCUGGAUCAUUUCAUGACUAUGGCCAUCAAUAAGGGUCUGCAGGCCGCUCAGAAGGAUUCCCAGCUGAAGGUCAUGGAGGGCAGGUUGAAGCAGACGGAGAUUAACAGCGCCACCCAGAACCAGCUGCUGUUCCACAUGCUGAAGGAGAAAGCUGAAAUCAACCCAGAGCUAGAUGCCCUGCUGGGCAGCGCUCUGCAAGAGUUAGGUUACCUGUCACCAGAAAAUGGAGAUGACAGCAGCAGUGACGAGUCCACCCCCAGCCCAGCCGCAGAGGGCAGCACACUUGCAUCAGAUCUGAUGAAGUUAUGUGGCGAAUCCAGACCGAGGAGUAAGGCUCGCAGGCGCACCACCACGCAGAUGGAGCUGCUGUACGCCAGCAGUGGGGAUCUAUCCUGCGAAUCCCCCACCGGAGACUUCUCGGCCCCUCUGCUGCCGCUGUCGGAGCGCCUGGAAGGGCCGGCGGACAUGCUGGGUCACACGGCUGGUGAAACCCCUGACCGCGAGCAAACCGUUUCCCCAUCUGCCCUGUCUGCCAGGCCAGCUGGCAUAUCUGGAGCCAGGUCACCUACAGGGACCGAGAGGAGGCAACUGGAGCGUUCGCCCCUCAACCGAAGGAAGACGCAAGAGAAAGGACCCACAGUGACACAUAUCCCAACACCCACACACACAACUGUUAGCACAGCAGAAGCCAAAACGAAAAGCAGUGACUACAAAACACUGCUGGAGGAGCCACCUGUAUUUGAAAGCCAUAGAGGUGUGAUCAACCCUGUGACGGCCCCUAAGAACAGCCGGGGGGCCAAACUCCAGUGUGUCUACGUCGCUGAGGGCCACACCAAGCCUGUUCUGUGUGUCGAUGCCACUGAUGAUCUGCUCUUCACAGGAUCCAAAGACCGUACAUGUAAAGUCUGGAACUUGGUGACGGGUCAAGAGAUAAUGUCUUUAGCAGAUCAUCCCAGCAGUGUUGUCUCAGUCAGGUACACCUCUAGCCUCGUCUUCACCGUCUCCACUGCUUACAUCAAAGUCUGGGACAUACGAGAUUCUGCCAAGUGUAUACGGACGCUUACGUCGUCAGGCCAGGUGGGCUCGGGAGACACGUGUUCCUCCGCGCGGAGUUUAUCCAUCCCACCAGGAGAGAGCCAGAUCAACCAGAUCGCCCUCAACCCCUCUGGCUCCUUCCUCUAUGCUGCUGCUGGCAACGCUGUGCGCAUGUGGGACCUCCGCAAGUUCGUGUCCACGGGGAAGCUGACUGGCCAUUUGGGACCGGUCAUGUGUCUGACUGUUGAUAAGUUGGGUCAUGGACAGGAUGUUGUCCUCACCGGCUCCAAAGACCAUCAUGUUAAAAUGUUCGAAGUAGCAGAGGGCGCUCAGGGUAGCAUCACCUCCAGCCAUACGUUUGAGCCCACUCAUCAGGAAGGCGUGGAGUCCCUCGCUGUGUACGGAGACGUCUUCUACAGCGGCUCCAGAGACUAUUACAUCAAAAAGUGGGACUUGGCCGGUAAACAGCUGCUACAGCAGUCGGCCAGUGCCCAGGCAGACUGGGUGAGCGCUCUGGGCGUGGUGCCAGGCUCCCGGGUGCUGCUCAGCGGAUGCAGGGGAGGGCUGCUGCGUCUUUGGCACGCCGACUCGCUAGCACCCCUCGGCGAGGUCCGCGGACACGACAGCCCCAUUAAUGGCCUGGCCACCAACAGCUGCCAACUGUUCACCGCCUCGGAUGACCGCACAGUGAAAAUUUGGGAAACUAAAGGAUCUUUGGAGGAAGGAGUCCACUGACAUCUGAUUCCUUCUCUUCAACCAAUCACAAUGAAUCUGUCAAACUGUGGAUGGGUAGCCCAGAGUGGAGUGUGGGGCCCCCCCAGACUGAAAAAUCAUCAUCUUUAAACAACACCGAUCUCUAUUACUGAUUUACUGAUACUCAAACUGGAUCACCACAAACUCAGUGGAGUCAGAGUCAGUGGAACAGAGCAGCUGGAGUGAACAGCACCUCUCAUAACUGUAAAAUGAAAGGAAAACUACGGAUUUAAGGAUCCGCGUUAAUUGAUCCAGGAGUCUCUCCUGUGCUUUCAACAUUCCUCUCCUCAGUUCAGCGCAAGACAACAUGGAUACCUUCUUUGCAUACAGUGAAAUUUGCUGAGAAAAAAAAAAAGAAAAAAGGGUGCAGCGCUUUGCUUCCUCGCACCAAAUGAAAAAGACAAGCAUUCCCCUUUGAAUCUCCUGCUCACCAGCAAUGUGAGUCUCUCCUGUGUGUUCACAUGAUGUGUUGUGUCUUCCUGUCAUUGCUCUACAGGCUGAUUCAGGUUAUGUGUGUGUGUGUGUGUGUGUUUGUGUGCGUGUGUGUGCGUGUGUGUUCUCUGUAAGCAAGGACCAAAUAACUACUGAAACUUGCAUGUUCUUCAGCUGUUACUGCCGGACCCUCCAGUGGAAAGAUAGAGGCCUCUAAAUAAAAUAAAACAUCAUGUCAUCCUGUGACAAUUUGCAAAUUUUCCACUUUUCUCUCAGCGCUUUCAUCAGUGUUAGGUCAGUGUUCAUUAAAUCACCUGCUCAGCGAUAUUAUAUCUCUACAAUAACAUGUAUCACAGCUGAACUAUAUCCUUACACACUGCCGUACAGAAGCAGAGAGCAGUAACUACAGAAACCUAUACAUACAGGCUUACAGAAACAGCACAGUGAUAAAAAGGUUUACACACUCUACAGUUAAACCCCUGCUUUUAUCUGUUAGCAAACUUGUUAAACCCCGGGCAGACCAGUUGUUACAUCCAGAUUAAAAUGUGUUUAAAAGUGUUUCCCCGGCUCGGAUAUUUCAGACUGAGGUAAACACUGUUUUCCUCUCUCGUCGGUGAUGUGUUGUCGGCGGUCAGCUGGGUUUCUGGUUUCAAGUAUUCUCUGGUUGAUACACAGACAGUUUUGUAGCCUUAAGUGGUGUUUUAGUUUUCCCCCGUGCUCUCCUGUAAGCAUGCUCCCAUCUUGCUUCUCCGACCCGCGUCUCUCAGGACACAUUUUUUCUCACUUCCAGGAUUUCGAUUCUUUUAGCUGAAAAAGGUUGCCCUAUUUACGUUCUUUAAACUUUAGUGUCUGCGCAGCCGUUUCAAAAAACGGAAGUACAGCUCUGGCAUGCAGAAGUGCUUUUAGGACAUUUAUAGUAAGUAGUGUAACGGUUAAAUGAGACUUUGAUGAGAGGCUGUUUCUAAUCAGAAUAAUGGAAAUGGAAAUCAUUCAUGUUGAUGCAAUCAAGCACCUUGUAAUCCCCUAAAUCAUGGAGUAUUUUGUGAAAGCAUCUAUUCCUGAAAGAUGUGUGUGUGUGUGUGUGUGUGUGUGUGUGUGUGUGUGUGUGUGUGUGUGUGUGUGUGUGUGUGUGUGUGUGUGCGUGCGUGCGUGUGUGUGUGUGCGUGUGUGUGUGUGUGCGUGCGUGCGUGUGUGUGUGUGUGUGUUGUUCAAUCCAAACGAUGUGAUAAGUUCUCAGUGCGUUCUCCAUCCACAGUGUUGUUCACCUCUGUUAACUGCACACACGCGACAGCAGAGCGUUUCAGAACAUCAGUCUUUCAAAUUGAGUGUAAAAAAAAAAAAAAAAAUUACUAUUUAUUUAUUCUUACUUUGAUUUUGCUGUUGUGUGUUCCUUAUUAGUCUGAGAGUUUGAACUCAUUCCCAUCUGAUGCCUCUGAGACGAUGGACUGCACAGAAUUUAGGGGAUGGAUUUCUCCAUAAUCAGAGGUGUAUUAUCAGUGCCUGUUAUAAAUCCUAAACUGUGGGUAUUGAGUUGUCCUAUUGCAACCUGAUAAAUGUGGACUGUUCCUCAUUAAAAUGUUCAGGUAAGCAAUUUAUCAUGAACUAUCCGCGCAUUUCUUUGAGAUUUAUUGGAAAUACACUUGCUGCUGUGGUUUAGACAUUGGAGGUAGACACUGUUUAAAUCAAUAGGACUAAAAUAAUUGCACUGAAAAAUCAUAUUUUUUAGAUAAGUUUCCCAUCUGACUCACAGCACAGUUUACAGUAGAGUGGUUUUCAGUCCCGUUGGUUUGUACUUGAAUUGCUAAAGAAAUGAUCCCAAAAAGAAACAAUGGGCUGUAAGUGUUCAGUCAAAUUCAAGAUAAACCUUAAUAAUCCUUCUAAUUGUAGUUGUAUCUUAUUUUGAAAUUUUUCUGUAAAUCUCUCUUAUGUAAAUACAACUGUUGUUGUUGUUUUUUUUUCCUGCUGAUUCUGUUGUGCAUAAAUUCAAGCCGCAGUGUGAAAAUAGAUUUUAAAAUAAACCGGUUUUACAAGUG